AUGGGACUUCUUGCAUCCCUUAAAAACCUCUCUGGGAACCAAUUGAAACAGCGGUCUCUUCUCAGCCAUCGGAGUGUGUGUUACUGUUGCUGUUGGAUUCCAUUGCUAUCUUCCAUCCUUGGAUCGACCCACGCCUUUCAUAAUCCUAUACAGCCAAAUCGCAUUGCUCCCAGCACCACAAGCCCACUCCGACCAUUCCAUUCUUCGACCAGCCGUCUCUUUUUGGAAUCACGACGACAAGAACUAGAAGAACUUCGAGUAGUUGAUCUCAAGGACAGACUGAAGGAACGCGGUCUCAAAGUUGGUGGUAGAAAAGCAGAAUUGAUUGAUCGUCUACUCUCCGAACCGGAAACAGCCGCCAUGCCUCGACGUAGUCCAAGAAAAGCCCCAACCGAUGAUGAAACGAAAGGGCCAGAAGAAGUAGUAGCAGAAGAAGUAGUAGUAGAAGAAUUAGUUGUAGAAGAAAAACCCAAGAAGCGAGCUCGCAAAACAAAAGCUAAAACGGAAGAAGAUUCGGCGAGUGCAAAGAAGACGACAAAGCAGCCUGAACAACGAAUAACUGAGGUUGAUGUCAUCCCAAAGCUUUGGAGCGAGGAGAAGGCAAAAGAAAAUGGAUCCUACACAUUCAAAAUGGCUUCAUGGAACGUGGCUGGAAUCCGGGCCUUUGUCAAGAAGCAACCAGAUGCACUGCAAAAGCUGGUGAAGGAUCAUGACAUUGACCUUCUUUGUCUACAAGAAACCAAGCUGCAAGAGUCUCACGUUGAUGAUCCAAAGAUGAACUUUCGAGGACUUUUGGAGGAACAAGGAUACAAGGAUUAUUGGAGCUGCUCUACUGUAAAGAAGGGAUAUUCGGGUACAGCAGUCUUUAUCAAGGAAAGAGGGGGCAAGAAAAAGGCCAAACAGCCUAGCAUUGGAAGCUUCUUCUCUGCCAAAUCUGAGGAUGCACAGGAGAAAGUAGGAGAUGAAUCCUCUUCUAGUCUUCCAGUAAGCUCCGAAACCUUAAUGCCGACGAGUGUAACAUAUGACCUGGGGAAGUCAGUUGAUAACGAGGGUCGUACUAUCAUCAUGGAGUAUCCGUGGGCGACAGUGACCAACGUCUACGUCCCCAACUCGGGACAAACUUUGCAGCGACUGGACUAUCGCACCAAGGAGUGGGACAGGUUCUUUUUGGAAUUUCAAAAGAAAAAGCAACAAGAUCGCAAGAAGCCAGUAAUCUGGCUUGGUGAUUUGAACAUUGCGCACAAAGCUUACGACGUUUGGAACGAUGGUGCCAAACACCAUGUCAAGCAAGCUGGAGUUACUCCUCAAGAGCGAGAGUCCUUCACACAACAGCUCGACGAUGGCUUUAUCGAUGCUUUUCGUAAGCUUCAUCCGGAGGCAAAGGGACACUAUUCGUACUGGAGUCAAAGAUCGGGGGCACGUCCUGUCAACAAGGGUCUGCGUCUCGACUAUUUCAUUUGUUCUCCAGAACUAUUUGAAGAAGGCUCGGAGGUUGUCGUACGAGAUUCCUACAUGCUCUAUGAUUACCUUGGUAGUGAUCACGGUCCGGUAGUUUUGGAACUCGAGAUAAAAUCAAAAUAA